CAGGGAUUCCUUCUGGCUUUAUGUGCCGAUAGCACCUCUGCUAUCAUGGCAAAUCUUUCUAAAAUGUACUGAACUUUCUGAAAGAAAUGUGGCAAGGCCAACCCCACAGUGUGACACAAUACAAGAAAGAUUCUCCAUCUGCCCAAGGAAAACAGCAUUAUGACACGGGAGGAGAAGCAGCUCGAGGCGUCAUUGGAUGCACUGCUGAGUCAAGUGGCUGAUCUGAAGAACUCACUGGGGAGUUUCAUUUACAAGUUGGAAAACGAGUAUGACCGGCUGACCUGGCCCUCUGUUCUGGACAGCUUUGCAUUGCUCUCUGGCCAGCUGAACACGCUGAACAAGGUCUUGAAACAUGAGAAGACACCACUGUUCCGGAACCAGGUCAUCAUCCCUCUGGUGCUGUCCCCAGACCGAGAUGAAGACCUCAUGCGUCAAACUGAAGGACGAGUGCCUGUUUUCAGCCAUGAGGUUGUCCCUGACCAUUUGAGAACCAAGCCCGACCCUGAAGUUGAAGAGCAGGAGAAGCAGCUGACAACAGAUGCUGCCAGAAUUGGUGCUGAUGCAGCUCAGAAGCAGAUCCAGAGCCUGAAUAAAAUGUGCUCAAACCUUUUGGAGAAAAUCAGCAAAGAGGAACGAGAAUCAGAAAGUGGAGGUCUUCGUCCAAACAAGCAGACUUUCAACCCUGCAGACACCAAUGCCUUAGUGGCAGCUGUUGCCUUUGGGAAGGGGCUGUCUAACUGGAGACCUUCAGGUAGCAGUGGUCCUGGCCAACCUGGCCAGCCAGGAGCUGGUACAAUCCUUGCAGGGGCCUCAGGAUUACAGCAAGUGCAGAUGGCAGGUACUCCCAGCCAGCAGCAGCCGAUGCUCAGUGGAGUCCAGAUGGCUCAAGCAGGUCAACCAGGGAAAAUGCCAAGUGGAAUAAAAACCAACAUCAAGUCGGCGUCAAUGCAUCCCUACCAGCGGUGAGUGUGGACAGCAGCCUCCGCUCUCAGGUGAUCUGUGCUGAGUUGAGCAAUGAAAGUAUCUUUUGCUCAGGGCUUACACGGAUGGGUACAAUCAAAAAGGACACAGGCUUUCAGCAAGAGACAGCUCUCAGCGCCAUUGUGAAUAGCCAUGCAACUUUGGGAGAGUGACCUAAUUUUUCUGAGCCCAUGUUCUCAUCUGUAAGUGGUGAUGACACCUACCUCAUAGGGUUGUUGUGAGGAUUAAAGUG